AUGGGCCUAAAGCAGUUCAACCAAGAUAUAGCCGCGUCUAAAACAACAGAUAUCAAUGGAGUAUCCAACAUUCAACGAGGAGACUCUGAUGGCGAGGUUGUCUUUACCUGGUCUUCCAGUGAUACCACAUUGUCCCUCGAUAUUCGAGUCUUGUCAGACGUCGACUCCUAUCCAAAAGGCUCGAGCGUAAUGAUUUUCACAGAUUCGGAGCAUUCGGCUGUCGAUGUCCCCUCCCUCCUUGAACGUUUGUCGGCUUCUCUUGCAAACAAGAAUAUCCAGACCGUCAUAAAGGCCGUUGCGGACAAGCUUUUUAUCAAGGUAGAGACCAGCGCUGAAGCGGAUGGAAAUGAUGCAUGGGAUGCCGACUCGGACGAUGCGUUAGGUUCUUUUGAUGAGGAAGAGCUAGAAUCAGAGUACGAGGAUGACAUGGAUGACGACUACACUUUUCAGUCAGCCUCCUCUCGGCCACCUGCGAACCAACUUGGCGAGAGUUCACUUUCAUCCAUCCGUCUAAAGAAAGACUUACGAACGGCUCAAUCAGCCGGUAUCUCAGUGGGAAUUUUCCCUAGGAGGCCUCUUCGAGAAGCCGAGUUCUUUUCCCUAUCCCUCCGAGCAAGCAAGCUUGGUAUCCCCGAACAUGCUCUGGAAGCGUGGGGCCUUGAACCUCACGAUUAUGUCGUUCUCUUAUGCCGAUUUCCGUCGCCUUAUCCGCCUAUUUCGAAGCUUUUAAGUGACAACAAAUGGAAACCGCAGUUUCGUUUUGGGAAGUGCUCAACGCCCAAGCCGUCUAUUAGUACGGCUCGUUUCGCAUUGUCGACUUCAUCUGGCGCAAUGGACGACAAGGCCAAAGAUGCUAGCGGAAGCUUUAUGCCUCUUUACAUAUCCAACUCAAUCAACAUGCUUAUGAAUCAUGAGUUCCUAGCAUUACUAAAGAUAAGACGGGGUGAAAGUUGCUCUUGGGAUGGAGCUCUAAAUCGCUUCAAAGUGCGCACCAUGGGUGGCUCUCCGGCGGAUGCAAACAUGGCGGAUGCCAACAUUUUAGACAAUGACACAUCCGACCCUCCAGUUUCCAAACACGCGAUACCAUCAUUAAGCCAUGACUAUGCCUUAGAUCAGGACGAGGAUUUCAGCCUUGCUAUGGUCGCUAUGCAGCUCGCACUACGUCGCUUUGCCCGCUGUACAAAGUAUUGUAUGGUCUGUCACCAAAGGCUAGAAGAUGAAUUUGAGGCUCUCAAGCCCUAUAUCUGCUAUGGUCCUCUGUGUGCUUACCAGUUUACGACCCUUGGCUUAGGCGCAAGCAUCGAGCAUGAGAUUGUCAGCAACCCAUACGUCGUUGACAUCCUGGUUAGCUUCUUUGCUGCAGCUCUUGGCAGCCCUAAGAGCUUACGGAAUUUCCCUGUUGGCCUAGGCAUGAAGUGCAUUUACACUGGAGUUGAAGAUAAAGCGGCAGUGCGUAUCGCUGCCGAAGCUUGCUUUUACGACAGGACAAUUCGCUUUGGUCCAGAUGCCUAUGGAAUGAUGAACCCGAAGAUCAGGGUGGGCGAUUCGCUCAUGGUAGUCGUCGGGGGCUCGGAUGACAUUCCAGUGGCAUCACUACUCCAAGGAGAUUCUGAGAGACAUAAUUGUAAAGUGACAGACAUUGUAGCUAAUCUCUACAAAUUUGACGUCCUUACAACCUUUACAACCCCCCUGGACGUGCUGCCUUUACGGGAAGAUGAACGGCCUACGGAGAUUUCGAAUGCUAAAAGAGAAUGGAAAAAGGUCAUAAUAUUUCAGUAUUCUUACGAUAUCGAUAAUCUCAACGAGACUAACCGCUCUGCUGCUCUAGUAAAAGGAUUACCGCCCCAGUGGAUGCAGUUCCGCUUUUUACAAGGAACUCCGGAACGAGAAAACCUCUUUAUGAAAGAGGUUACUGCCGUAUCCCAGUCUAAAGGGGAGCAAUCAAAGUUCCCUACCAUCUUUGCCUGGCAUGGUAGCAGUCUUCAGAACUGGCAUAGCAUCAUACGAACAGGCCUCGAUUUUAAUACAGUUCAGAACGGGCGCGCUUAUGGAGACGGGGUGUACAUGAGCAAUGAUUUCCUAGUCAGUUUGGGUUAUUGCCGAAAAAAUCCACUCGCGGAAGUCCGCUGGCAGAAUUCUAUGCUCAAGCCUUCUGCCGCCAUCAGCAUCUGUGAGGUCGUUAAUCGAUGCGAUCAGUUCGUGAAAGUAGCGCCUCAUUAUGUAGUCAAUCAAAUCGAAUGGAUCCAGUGUAGGUAUCUAUUCGUCUCUGUAGAUCCAACACCAGAAGCUACACGGCAGCCAUUUCCCACCAAGCCCAGAGAGACAUGCACGGGACACGUGCCCCAACAGCCUUCAAGAUCGCUCACUUCUACCAGUGGCGUAAAGGUGAAUAUUCCCCUGUCGGCACUACCAUCGAACCGUCGGCAACUCGGCCAAAGUAGCAAUACAGUUGAUGGCCUUGAGCCAUCUAAAGCAUUAAACCCGCCAGAGAUAUCGUUUGACAGCGACCAUGGCGAAACGGAUCACGAACUCCUUCUAGAUUCCGAGGAGGAUGACGCCGACGACGAUACAACGCGCUCCUCAACUAAGCGUCGAAGCUCAUCAAUGGACUCUAUGGAUAAGAGAAGCCAUAAACUCAGCUCUGCAGCAUAUGCUCAAAAAAUGCCCAGUGAGGAUGCGGUUGUGCGACUCACGACUGAAUUUGUGCCUGGAAGUCUGGAUCUGGGAUCUCUCCCAAAGCUCCCGGAUCCGAGCUGGGCAUCAACUGCUCCAACUGCACUCAAAAGCCUGAACCGCGCCAUCAAAGAGCUGCAUGAGAUUCAACUCCGCGAGAACCUCACAUCCCUUGGAUGGUACAUUGACUUUGAGAAGAUAAGCAAUAUCUUUCACUGGACUGUUGAGCUGCAUAGUUUCGAACUUGAGCUUCCUCUGGCACAAGACAUGAAAAAAAGGGGCUGCACCAGUGUCGUACUCGAAUUUCGCUUUGGAGCCAAUUUUCCCUUCUCCCCUCCCUUUGUUCGCGUUAUACGGCCAAGAUUCCUACCAUACGCCAGGGGAGGCGGGGGCCAUGUUACGGCUGGAGGAGCAAUUUGUUCCGAGAUGCUCACCAAUUCAGGCUGGUCGGCAGUGAUGACGAUGGAAAAGGUCCUUUUACAGAUACGCUUGGGACUAGAAGAACGCGAACCUCCAGCGAGAUUAGAUCCGGCUGGUGGAAUGAACAAUAUCCGCGACUACGGCAUCGGCGAGGCUGUUGAUGCCUACCAACGAGCCGCGAGAUCACAUGGCUGGGCGAUUCCAGAAGACCUCACGGCGAUU